GAAACACAUUCCAAUUUGCAGCGGCAACACGGUCAUUGGUCAAAAAAGUGAUAGACGAUUAAAAGUGCGAAAUUUCUUCAUUACAUUUCUUAAUUUUAGCUUGCAAAAUGCAAAAUUACGUUUUACUGACAGUGUGAAAGAGAACGAAUAUAUAAAAGAUUUUAAUAAAGUUUGUUAAAUAGUGUGCGCAUGCAUUGCAUUGGCAAAUAUAUUCUGCAGAGCUUGUAUUGAAUCGGCAAGUUUUUAGCUUUGCUUAUUUUUUAUCACUAAAUGUGCAACUUGAUUUUUUUAAUCUAAAAUUAAUAUUACAACAAUAAUACCCUGUCAAUCUUUAUAAUUGUGAAUUGUGUAUUUCCGCCGUAAUUAUCAUUGAAAAUCAUCCCAAUGUGAUCGUGGCUAAAAAGAUAAUAAUAUACUAAUCUUCUGUGAAAUGUGUUUCAAUAAAUAAUUACACUGUUUAAUUGAAAGUAACCACGAAAAAAUUGACACCUGCUAUAUAAAACGAAUACAUAUUGCUAAAUUUUUAAAUACCAUAGUUGAAAGUGAAAUAUAAAUUGUUAAACGAACCUAAAACGUGAAAAGAUGACUUCAACUACUAAUAGAAAUGAAACAACAACGGAUACUUGUGACAGCAAUAUUGUGGGGAACACCAUAGCGGCAGGUAAUGCCAACGGGAGCGGCAGCGGCACCAUAGAAGCAGAGUAUAAUAGAAUUGCUGAUCGACAAGGCUGGCAUAGAUGCUACCAGGAAAUUCGUGAUCACUGUGAACGUGAAGCUAGUGAAAAACAAUUUGGCACUAUUGAAUCGGAGAAACCAAAUAAUCGCUGCCUAAACAGAUACAGAGACGUAAACCCGUACGACCAUUCUCGUAUCAUUAUUCACAGAGGCCAUGUAGACUAUAUAAAUGCAAAUCUUGUUCAGCUGGAGCGUGCCGAUCGAAAAUAUAUUUUAACACAAGGUCCCCUAAUCGACACCGUCGGACACUUUUGGUUAAUGGUUUGGGAACAAAAUACAAAAGCCAUUCUAAUGUUGAACAAAUUGAUGGAAAAGAAACAAAUUAAAUGCCAUCACUAUUGGCCGGACAAAAAGGGUCCCGAGAAUGCGUUAAGGUUGGAUGAGGUGAAUUUGACCGUGGAAUUUCUACGUUGCGAAGAAUAUAAGAAUUUCUGUCGCAGAUGGUUCAAGCUAACUGACCUUGAGUCGAACACAACUCGUGAAAUAUUGCAAUUCCACUAUACAACAUGGCCGGAUUUUGGCACUCCUAGUUCACCAGUGGCGUUUUUACAGUUUCUCAAACAAGUGCGGGACUCGGGAGCACUCGAUGCCGAUGUGGGGCCGGCAGUCGUACACUGCAGUGCUGGUAUUGGGCGUUCGGGUACAUUCUGUUUAGUUGACUGCUGUUUAGUUUUGAUCGAAAAGGAAGGUGAAGCCAAUGUUUCUGUGCAGGAUGUACUUUUUGAGCUGCGCAAAUAUCGCAUGGGCUUAAUACAGACUGCAGAUCAAUUAUUUUUCUCUUAUCAAGCAAUUAUAGAGGGUAUUAAAUUGCUCAAGGAUCCGGAAUUUCUAAAUUACAAGGAAACCCCAAUCAACAUCAGUGACAAUGAGCAUGAGCCGUAUGCUACAGGUGUAAUAAUAAGUGGCGAUGUUCCACCACCUUUGCCACCACGCACACAUUCCCUUACACUGCCGAUGGCCGGUUGUGGCCCUGCCGGUGCAUUAACCUUGAACUUACACGGUAAACCAUUACCAAAAAUACCAGCCAGCGAAAGUUUUAACGAGGACUUAUACGCGCCCACUGACAAUGCAAAACAUACCAACAAGGAUGCGCUGAAUAACAUCAUAAACAAUGAAAAAACCGCUGAUAGAAUGUCGAAUAGACCUUUACCACCUAUACCAAAACAGCCUCAAAUCACGCAAGCCUCAAGAGAUCGUGUACAUGAAUCAGAGAGUGAUGAAAAUGAAUAUUACGAAAACGAUGACAGUGAAGACGAUAAUGAUGAGGAAAUUGAAGAGCACAACGAUGACAAUUCGGACGAUAUGAAAAACGCUAACGCUGUCAAUGAACGGAGUAUAAGCAGUGAAGCAGCAAGCGGGGCUGGUGGUCAUGAACCAUUAGAUGAAGUGAAAUUAAACGGCACCGAUAUUUCAAAUAGCAAUUCCAAUACAAUAGGAAGUCCCGAAAAUGAGUUGAAGCGACGAAAACGUGCCGAGAGACAAGCAAAUAUUGAGCACAAGGUGAACGAGAUUAAGCGAAAGCAACGAGAAUCCGAAGAGAGCAAGCACGCGGCGAAAAAACGAAGGUCAUUAAUUACCUAUAUUGCGGCGGGUGUUGUUGUGGGUGUGAUUUGUGUGUAUGCAUAUUCGAAACUAGCCUAAAGCCAAGCAAAAGUUGCAAAUAAUGGUAAAUACAACUGAGUGGCGUAAAGGCCGCAAUCAGCAUCAAUUGAUAGUUAACUUUGUGUCGCGCACAUGCUCUAAAGCGCUCCAUCAUUUACAUAUACAAUAACGCUCUCGCCAAUAAUAUCAAUAACAAUGCGAAUAUGUUAUUAUUUAGAAUAUUUAAAUAUCGAUUGAAUUAAUCAGAGUUAAUCAUUUGCAUGUAAUUGAGACGCAGAUUACCCAAAUACAUAUAUCGUGCAUAAAUUAACAACAAAUAGUAUAUAUUAUUGUUAUCUACAUAAACUCACAUUCUUGAAUACGAUGUAAAAUCUUGAACGAGAUUUAUAAAGUGAAAUGAUUUUACUCAUUUCACGCUCAAUUUGCAAUGCAUAUGCAUAAAUGUUUCCCUCCCUUAUUAACACAAAAACCUAGAGCUCUGUAUUUUAACUUUGGUUUCAACUACUUAUAUCCACAACACGCACAAGAAACCACACCCUAUGCACCUAAACUUCAUUCAUACAUUCAUAUAUACAUAUUUUUUUUCUUAUAAGUCUCAGCCAAUUUGUUAUCAUGUUAUAGCGAUCGAACUGGAAACACGAUUUGUUAAGAAAAUGUAUUUUUAUUUUGUAGAACCCUUUAAGUUCAAGAUAACUAUUAUGCGACAAUGAACCAAUAUAAUUAGAUCACAAUGAAAUUCAAAUGGACUAUCCAAAAUGUGUUUUUUACCCUUUCUAUUAGGACGAGGAAUCCUGUAGAAUUCCUAGUACCACAAUGAACACUUCGUACUGGUUUAGGCCUUUUAGUUAAUAUGCAUUUAAAUUGCAGUUUAAUAUUUGCAAAGUAUUAAAACAAACUCAAAACAACAUCGCUCGAUUCGUAUAUGCAAUUAACUGCAAUAGACUGAGAAUAUGUAUAACAAGAACUAGAACAAAUUAUAUCUUUGUAAAUAUUUACAAUUCAUAACAUUAUAACACUAAUAUUAUAUGCGUAGACAUCAUAAGAUGGAGUAGUUGUAAGUUUAGAAAUUCCAUAUGUCUCAUUGUUGCGAGAGACUUCCUUUAAAUUGCUACAGUCCUUUUAAUAGUUGAGUUCAAAACUGUCUACUAAAAGUAAAUUUAUUAAUUCGACAUGAAGGAAGAAACGUUUGAGUUUUUAUUAAAUAUUGUUAAAACUUACCACUAGCGAUAUAAUUGAAAUUAUUCUAACGAACGGUAUUAAAUGCUUUAAAAUUUUUACUGAAAAAAUUAAUUUUUUGUCUAUAUUUAACUUUUUGGAUUAACAGUUGUAUUCAUGUACACAAAAUUACUGAAUAACCUUAAUUUAAUCUUUACUAAAGUGGCCAAUGCUUGUCAAAAUUAUAUUUUAUUUUAUGUAUACGCAUUAUUUAUUUAAUGUUUCUUAGAUAUUAAUUACUUUAUUUAUAACGUUACUGUUACAAGACAAGAGCAGUAAUUUAACGGAAUAACGGAAUUUUACUUAAACCCGUUAUGCACCAACCUAGUAAUUUCUCAAUAUUCCUUCAACGGUUUUAGUAGUUUUUGCGACAGCACAAACCAUUCUCAACAUAUUUUUGACAACGCCAUCUUUGAGUGUAUACAAAUUCCGGUCACUUUCGAUUAAAUUGAGCCCGCUGUCAUGAGAACCACCAACCGUUGUAACCGUUGUGUUCUAAAAUUUCUAAAGAGACUAAUAAUAGAUCUAAUGACCAUUUGAGCAAGUGAAUCCCAGUGAUUAAAAGACGAAGACGCUGAUUUUAUAUGUUGAUACAUAUUAUGUGAAGUAGUCCGACUGAUGGAUUACAAUUGUUUCAAAAGGCACAUAUCGUUUAAUUUUACUUGAUAUUGUUAAAUCACGCUGAACUGUCUCCCGCAAACAACAAAAAUUAACUUCAAAUAUAGGAAAGGGCAAAAGAAAAAGAGAGGCUUAAAAACUUAUUUUCUACACACGAAUGUAUAAUUAGAAGAAACAUGACAAAUGUGUAAAAUUAAAAUUUAUUACAAAUAUAAAGAAAUUUUCAUAGAAGAUUACAGUCGGAAAAUCAAACAUUUGUAUCCUUUUGCUACGUAAAAAGUUUAUCUUACGGUAUAUUGUUUCGAUUGCUAAUCUGUAUUUUAACGCGCAAUUGUUGACUAUUAGCACGAUAACCACUUUUUGAAACUUGUAUUUAUGGACAUAUACUUUCUUGAAGUUUACAAAUAUUAUGAUUCAAAGGUUUUUGUACACUUAUGGAGAUUCUCAUUCACAACCUCUUAUAUUAAUAGUUUAGUUAAUGAACACUUAUUAUUCUAACAGAUUCGUACAUAUUAUGUUCGACAUUCUUAUAAAAAACGUAUAUCAUAACCCAUAGUUUUUUAUUUUAAAUUUACGAAGGCAUUUGUCCAUACCAAGUUAUAGUGAUAGUAUGCACUAUGUUUUACAAACAUAUAUUUUUCGAUUAUAAAUGAAAGCAUUGAAUGAGUAUUAUUUGUAGUUCAACUUAAAAACAAUAAAAUAGUAGUUCAAGUUUCCCCUCUGACUGGGUAUUUGGGUGUAUACAUCAACAUAGAUACAUUAUACAAAGAGAAAAUUUAAAGCAAUAUCAAUUUAAGAAUAUAGCGCUGUCGGAUCCUUAUUGUGUCCAUAAAAUGGCGUUAUCUCAUUGCUCUAAAAUAGGGAAAUAUGUAUAUACUUCAAAACAGAAGUUAAAUACUCGAUCAAAAACCUUGUAAGGUUGUAAAUUACUAAGCAACCACAAAAUAAGAUAUCAAACAAAUUGUGGAAUAAAUUAACUGGAAAUAAUUGAAUGUUAACAACCAACAUAUGAACAGCGCAAAGAAGAGUUUUUCCACAUAUGUUAUACUCUUUCAAAUUAAAAAUAGCAAGGCAAAUAUUAAAAGCACGACGUAACAGCAAAAGUGAUGAAGUUUCAAAAACGAACAAAAAUAAUAACAUUUAAAAUAAAAAAUAUUAAAGUUUGAUAAAUUCAAGUAAAAAGUGGCGGAAUCAUGCGUAGUUUUUCAUCUUUUCGUAUAAGCCCAUACAUACAUAUUACUAGUGCGUAAAUACACACA